AUGUGUUUCCUGUUGAUGUGCGACUGUCGCAUUCAUGCUUUGCUGUACGACGACACGUAUACGGUACAAAACUUUCGGCCUAAAAAGCUGGUGGAAAAGCAAUGCUUGUUGACCCAAAAGCCAACGGACUUGCAGUGCGGACCUCCGAAGGCAGUUGACCAUCCACCGACUGGCCAGGGCCAAGAGGUCGUGUGCGGCAGCCAGACUUCGCCGUGCCAGUCGCGAAAAUCGCUGACACCUUAUUUGGCUUACAAAAACGGAAAAGUGCACUUGUACACCUAUGAGGAUUACAUGCGCACAAAGGGACUCGUAAAGGAACAGAAGGAAUGUUAUGACUAUCGUGCGACUAUAUUACGCGACCUGACACAGUGUUCGCCGGCCGCAGCCUGCGUGCGUUGCCUGUGUCGUCGCGCCGUCUGUUUCCGGACACAAUAUCGAGACCAUCCGCGCGUACACAAACAGUUCCGAGUACAUAAUUAUCUUAGUCAUCUUAUAUUCGACAAUACAGUGACCGCCAUCACUCGACCGUCGAUGGAACCGAAGAUCAUAAAAGAAGAGAUGAUCGAACGAGAUUCCGGCAUUCCAGAGGAAAACGCCAUUAUCAUUAACAACAACAACAACAACAAGGAUUCCUCUUACAGGAUACAAACCCGUAAAUCUAAAAUCAAAUCCAAAGAAAACGUCGGUUUCUCGUCGACAAAUUCCACUACCGAAUCGUCCGGCGGCGAUCAGUUGCUCAGCCCGUCGCUCCAACCCGUCGGAUGUGGCCUCAACGACAUCGAACCGGAGAGCGGCAGUCCUCCGUCCGAGAACAACGCGUUCAGGAAUCAUAAUAAGCUUAAACGAUUUCUGACCACGUUGGUCCAGUUCAGUGGACAAUUAUCGUUGCAGAUGAGCGAUCGGGUCAAGGUUCAGAUUUUCAAUUUAGUGAGCAAUUUGAUCAGCGUCGAAGAAUUCCAUCACAAUCUGCAAGAAAUGACCAAUUUCCCUCUUAAGCCGUUUGUGCUUCCGUUUUUGAGAACUCACAUACCUUCUUUCCAACGUGAACUCAACUCGUUGGCUCGCAACAAUAAACAGACUCUCCAGCAGUACCUGAAACAGCACGAGAACGCCUACUUGGACAGGGACUCUCAACCCAGCGAACCGUCAGAGAUUUUCCACCAAGUGGAACGCAUACAAACACAACCUUUGACACAACCUGUGCCACCGUCUCCGUCGUCCCGGGAUAACAGCAUGUCCAUUACAAACAGCAGCAAACGGCCUUACGCCGACAGCAACGUUUACUUCGAGAACGGUUGCAACUCGGACUUGGACUACCAGCAGCCGUGCAUCAAACGACCUAAUCUCAACUACAGCAUGCCGUUCAUGUACCACCAUCCGCAUCUGGGCAGCCAGGAGCCGCAAAACUCCUACAGUGUGGUGCCGCUGUUGCCACUCAUCCGGGGCAACGGAGAUCCCGAAGAGAACAACAAGGGCGGCCACGUCGAGGACGAGUGGAAGAACAUACACGUGAUGCUGAACUGUAUAUUGAGCAUGGUCGAGAAAACCAAGAAAGCUCUGGGUAUCCUGCAGGAACGGGGACUGGCCGAAACCAAUUUUCCCGAAUGGAUCAAGAAAAAAUCCACGGAAGAGGUGCUAUCGCAGACAAUUCGCUUGACCGAAGAGAAAAUCGAAGGCGUCAAGAAAAGAGCCGAAGAGUCCAUGAACGAGAUCAAGCUCCAGGCCAUGGCCGAAUUACAGAAGAUAGUGUUGACCGCCGAGAGCAAAAUCGUAGAGCUGGUGGCGAUGGAAAGGACCAAGAUAAGCGGUGCCGUUGCUGUGGCGGCUGCUAGCAGUGCUGGAAGGUCUUUAGCAGGUUCCACCGUCAGCACCGUUCCCACUGCAGCCGUGAGUCAGAUAUCUCCUUCGUCCCUAAUGCCGCAGUACAACAGCUGUUGGAACUGCGGCCGGAAAGCACACGAAACUUGCAGCGGCUGCAACACGGCGCAAUACUGCAGCUCGUUCUGCCAGCACAAGGACUGGGAGACCCACCAUCAGACGUGCUGCAUCCAUUCGGCAGCCGCCGCCGCCAAGACCGCCAACAAGCAGCCACCGUCGGCCGCAGACACGUCGGCCGAGGCGUCUACCGGUAACCGCGCAACGUUCAGGCUCAGCCCGCUCGACUCGCAGGCACAACCACCGCCGUCGUCCGUCGACAAGUCGACAGCCGCCAAGUGAACCCUCUCAGCCCCUCCCAACGUAUCAUAUCUCCUUGUAUUGUUGUCCAACAUAACGUUCUGUGUACAUAGAAUAGUGUAUUUAUAUAUUUUAGGUAAGCACGCCCAGCCAUGUAAAUAGUAUCUGUGAAGUAUUUAAAGUUUUGCAUUGUGAAAAGUAACGAUAACACAGUGUUAAUGAUAAUUUUCAAACACAGUGACGUCUUUACUGUAAGGGCACGUAGGGCACAAGUCCAGGGCCCUCUAACCGGCCUACGGGGGCCCCGAAUAAUAUAAUUUACAUUUUUUUUGGUUUUCUUAAAUGGCCUCCCUUAAAGCCCCUGCAUAGCCUAAGACGACCCUGUUCAAAUAGUAUAAUAUAUUCUAGCCUAAAUAUGUACCUACAUGUUAUUAUUAUGUGUACACUGUUUACAGUAAUGCAUAGGCGUAACUAGGUCUUUGAACUAGGAGGGGGAAGAGCUACAGUCCCAGCUGUUAUUUUCAAAAUAAUUUUGCACUCACCCGCUCCCCCCCCCCAUAUUGUGUAAGUAAGUACCGGAAAAUAUAUUUUAUGAAAAACAUAAUAUAUAAAUAUAUAUAUUUUUUUUAUUGAAAAAUUAAACAAAUUAAUCAAAUAAGUAAAUUAUAAUCUAAACUUACGCGAUCCUUUUCAGCAAAUGCAUUUAUUAUUUUAUUUAUUCUUGUUUGUUUUAUUAAACAAACGUAUAAUAUUUUUAUAAACAAAAAAUUGCGCCCACUUAGAAUAAUCAGAUUUUGUAGUUCUGCACAAAUAUUUGAGCUCGGCAGCCUUUUUUCCAGAUUAUUAUGUCCAUUUUUUUAAUAACCGUUUCACUAACUCAAAAACGACAAGGAACACUAAAGGUUUGAGAUAUCUGAGGAAUUAAAAUAGGACCUUAACACGAGUUUACAGGAUAUACGGAACAUUUUUAUAAAUGUAGCCUUUGGACUAUUGGGGGAAGGGGUGGGAUAGAGACUGUGUUACGCCUAUGCAGCUGUGACAUAAUGUAAAAAUGAACUACUGAAAACCGUACUUAUGUCGCAGAAAAACAAAUAUUAUAACUUCUAAGGUACCUAAACCAUAUUUUUCAAAUGACAAUUAUUUGACACGGUUUUGACUUGCUCAAGAUUUUGGUUUUACCGCAAAUCUAGUCUAUAAAUCUCGUUGUAUUUUUUUUUUUUUGUCAACGUGUCCCAAACAAGUCCAACAAUCACUCAGAUAUUUCCUAACUAGAUUCGUAGGUGUAAAUUAUUAAUCUUUUGCUCGUUCCGACUUUACCACACUUGCCAAGUUAAACCGAAAAAUAGCACAGUAUGAAUUAACAUCUAUAUAUUUGUAAAAAAAAAAAAAAAAAUAGAAA